AUGGGGUUUAGUGACAUUUCCAAAGGCUAUAAGUUAUAUGAUGUGGAUACAAACAAGGUCUUUAUCAAUCGAGAUGUCAAGUUUGAUGAAGGAAGCCAAUGGAAUUGGGAAAAAAGUUUGAUUGAAAGUUUUAAAAAUCUUAAUAUCAGUGCUUAUCUUAUACCACGGAUUAACAGAGAUGAAGAAAAAGAUCUUGAAGAUGAAAAUUUGGUUGUCAGAGGUACUAGAUCAUUGUCAGAUAUUUAUGAAAGAUGCAACUCAAUGAUCAUGGAACCAAACUCUAUUGCUGAAGCUACAACAGAUAAGGAUUGGCUUCAGGCUAUGAAAAACAAAGUGGAGAUGAUCCACAAGAGCAAGACAUGGGUUCUUGUACAAAGGCCAAGUGACCAUAAGGUAAUUGGGGUUAAGUGGAUUUUUAAGACAAAGUUGAAUACAGAUGACUUGGUAAACAAGUUGGAAGCUCGUCUGGUUGUCAAAGGCAAACUGUGCAAAAAUUAUGGAAGUUCUCUGGCAGGUGAAUCAAGGUAUAGGAGUUUGGUUGGUUGUCUCUUACAUUUAUCAGCCCCUAGAUUAGAUAUAAUGUACUUUGCUAGUGCACUUCUUAAAUUUAUGCAAACACCAUCUGAUUUGCAGCUGAUGGCUACUAAAAGGGUACUUAAGAAUAUCAAAGGCACUGCUGACUUUGGAUUAAUGUUCAACAAAAAUGAAAGUGAGAAUCUUCUCGGCUACUGUGACAAUGACUGGUCCAGGAGUAUUGAAAAUUCACGUAGUACAUCUAAUUUUUGCUUCUCUUUUGCCAGUGUAGUUUUCGCCUGGAAUUGCAAAAAACAGGAUGUUGUAGCUUAG